AAUUCGAUCCUCCUACAAAUGGCGGGAAUGAAACUGUUCAGUUCCGAGUCAACUCACUCGCUUUCCUUUCGCCACUCAUUCGCUGCCGGACCUUCGCGCCUGGUGCCGUCUCGCGGCCGCGUCAGUCUUGAUAACGCUAAACUCGGUAAGCUUCGAGUCUUAGCCAUGGCCGCCAAAAGGAGUCCGAAGCGUCUCAAAUACUCUGCUCCUCGAUUGUCCAAGGUGGAUGAUUUGGUUUACGUGCAAGUUGAUCCAUCAGGAACAGAGAACUGGAAACUCAAACCUGUAAUUGAACUUUUAAACCAGGGAGCUGUUGGUGUUAUUCCAACUGAUACAGUGUAUGCCAUAGUUUGUCAUUUGAAAAGCCAUUCAGCCAUCGAACGUCUUCGUAGAAUAAAAAAUAUUGAACCUUCCAAGCCACUUAGCAUCUUAUGCCGCUCUCUUCGAGACAUUGACACUUAUACAACGGGGUUCCCUUGUGGUGAUGGCCAAGGUCAUGCAAAUAUAUUUCGAGCUGUUAAGCAAUGCUUGCCUGGGCCUUAUACUUUCAUCUUAACUGCAAGCAAAGAGUUGCCAAAACAGUGUGUGAGGUAUGGCACUACAACAGCAAAAUAUGCUGCAAGGAAAAAUGUUGGUGUUCGUAUGCCAAAUGAUGCUAUAUGUCUAGCAAUAUUAGAAAAGAUGGACGCACCUUUAAUAUCCACAAGUGUCAAGUGGCCGAAAGAAAACGAGUGGAUGAUAGACCCAGUUGUGAUAGCUGAUAUAUAUGGACCAGAGGGUCUUGAUUUUGUCGUUGACAGUGGUGUAAGAGUUGCCGAUCCUUCUACUGUUGUCGACAUGAUUGGGGCUUCUCCGAAAAUUGUACGGCUCGGAAAGGGACCCAAAUUACACUGGAUGGAUGUGGAAGACGAUAAUGAAUCCGAUUUCUCAGCGGACGAACUCAUCCCGUCAGCCACCUAGGACUCUUUCUCUUUGAAGGCUGACAGUAAAUAGAGGAACAUGGUUCGUUUCGAAGUCGAAUCGGUACAGUUCCACGAAAGAUAUAAAUGGAAAUGUUCAUCUUUGGUAACUGAGGUCAAGCAAUGGUAUUGUAUGUGUAUAGGCUCUUUUUA